UCGACGUAAACAACUCGCCCUUAGUGAAGACUGCCUGGAUUUUCCCUAAUUGACUGUAGAAAAAGAGAGUUUGCGCCAUUUUAAGGGAAUAAUGGGGAAUGGGAACAGUUCUUUUACUCAGCUGGAGGUGGAUCGUGAUCGAGGAGGGGUAUAUGAAGACUGGACAAUGGCCCCAGGAGAAUUGGGAGAUGUUCCUGUGACAGUAUUCUCAGCUGCCCAUCCUCCAAGUUCCAGAAAGAGACCAUAUAUUGAAAGGGCAUUACAGGCCAGUCGUGUAUACAGACAUCCAGGACUGUUGAAGUACAUCGAUGGUGGUAUUAUAGGGGAAGUUGUUGUAAUAACCGAAAGAGCGAAACCACUGCUACACCAUGACUUGGAUCAGAUGUCACCACUUCACAUCUCAGCUGGAUUGUUGUCCAUUAUAGAUACUCUGGUUUUUCUUCAUGAUAGGGCUGGUGUAAGUCAUAAUAAUGUCAGUGCUGCCAGUAUAUUCAUCACUAGCGAUGGAACAUGGAAAUUAUGGGGACUGGAAUAUUCCUGCAGUUUUGGGGAGCUAACUCGAGAUCAUAUUGAGCACAUUAAUGGUUACUGUCAUGAAAAAUCAAUACCACCGGAUGAUAAAGCAAGAAUAACACCUGCGUACCAACAUGCUCGUGAUUCUUAUGCGUUUGCUUGUUUCGUAGAAGAAAUUUUAACGUCUGAUAGAGUGGCAGACAUUGCCGGGGCAGAAGAGUUCGUUUCUUGGCUACGCAGUAGUGGUAAGAACAAAGACUGGGCGCAGAGGCCACGGCUGUCUCUUCUAGCAAACCACCAGAUCUUCCACCAUGACUUCUUGAAGCUCCACCACAACCUUACCAAUGUCCUCCUGCUCUCGGAUCAUAAUAGGGAAGAGUUUGUCAAGUCUUUAGCCAACUCCCUCUGCAAGUAUCCAGAGGAGCUGGUUUCAAGUACCUUGGCUGGAGCACUACUGAGUCGUCCUCUGCUAUUGCAUCCAGCAGCUGCAACCCAUCUUAUGCCCAAGCUGCUCAUACCACAGUCAAGCUCAGAAAAAGAAGGGGAAUCCGGACUGUUUUCCCCAGAGGUCUUCCGUCGGGACAUUAUCCCACAGGUGGUGAGGCUCUACAGCGUCCAUGAUGCUACCGUGAGAAACAUUCUCCUCACUUUCCUCCCCCACUAUGUGUCGCUGGUUCCUGAAGACGUCCUAGCUAAUGAUGUUCUGCCAGAACUUCUUUUGGGUAUACGAGAUUCCAGCGACACUCUAGUAACAGCAACACUACACGCUCUCGCACAUUUAGUUCCCAUCCUUGGAGCUAACAGAGUCAUAGGGGAAAAUCGGCAGCAUCUCUUCACCACUGCCAAACCCAAGGCAGCAGCAAGUUUGCCAGUAGGGAAAGGAAUGGUGCCUCAUCAACUAAAAAAUAGUGAAGGAACAACCAAGAACACCAAUGUUAAACCGUGGACCACUUCUUCCAAAAGAACUAAAUCUUCAGAACCACCAGUGCCGCCACCAAGGUCCAUCUCCCUCACCCCAGAAUCAGUGAGCCAAGAUCCGAAAUUGGAGGAAGCUGCCUCUCUAGAUAGCCUGUCUGUGGAGAGCAUGGUCCUAACGCAGAUCCCAGAGAGAAGUUCCCCAGAUGGUGGCGAAGACCACAGUAGUUCCACCAACACCUAUGUGGGGGCUUCAGAAAUGGGGGUGACAGACACUGAUGCGUGGUCAGACUGGGAGGAGAUGCAAGAUAGUCCAGCGCAAGAUUUCUCGGGGGCGCUGCUUGCCGUGAACCAAGAUAAGCUGAAGGGCUUUGAUGACUGGGGGAAUGGCGAAGAUGACGGAACCUCAGAUGGUGAUGUGCUGAAAGAAAAUACUUUGUCGAGUGUUGCGCCCUCAAAGAAAACUUGGUCUGAUCACACAAGCUCACAUGAUGUAAGAUACGAAGAUACUAGUCCAUAUCCAAAAUCUAGUUCGAGUAUGAAACUGAACAGUGUCUCACAGAAAAAUUCUGAGAAACAUGUUGAACCAAAGAGGUCUCAGAAUCUCGGAGAGGAGUACGAUAUCUUAGCUAUUAAAGUCAAUAAAAAACAUGAUGCAGAAAUGGACUUGUUUGCAGACAUUGCACCACAAUUUAACACAAAGAAGUAUGAUCUGGAAACAAUGCUAUUGGAAGCCACAUCCAAAUCUCAAGGAAACCCAAAAGUUAGAACUCUCUCUGUCUCUGAAACACUUGCCGGAACAGAUGUCAGUAGUGCCGAUGUGGGGGAGGCCUGGGGAGAGGAAGGGGCCUGGGGGGACCAGAUCGAUCUUCUCCUAGAGUCGGCUACCAGUUCGCCUUCAAAGGAAACCCAGGAGGAGAGUGACAGACUAACUUCCUUUACCUCUAGUGACCUGCCCGAGAAAGUAGAUUUAGCCUUUGGGAAAACUGCAAGUCAGUCUAAGAAACAAGAAGCAAAUGGGGGCUUAGCAGAUACAUGGGACGAGGGAUGGGGAAGUGAUUUUUAAGAAGACUAUUUAUGUUUUAAAUGUGAUCAGAGGCUUAUUAUGAUUAUAGCUGUAUAUAAGACUAUAAA